AUGAUUGGAAAUUCUAUUUUCAAUUGCAUUGAUCAUGAUUAGCAAUAAAAUGGAUUUUUAAUUAUAGGAGGGGCUUCAAACUCAACUGAUAUUGUUUCUAAUGCAAAUUCUCCAGUGAUUAUGAAGAUUUCAGAAGCUACUGGAAAAUUGAAAUGGCAAUAAUAACUAAAUGCUGGAACUGGUGUAGUAUCGCCAUAAAAUUUAAAAGAAUGUACUAUUUAAUAGGGAAUUCAAAAUUUCAUAGUUGCUCAAUCUGACAAUCCAUAAUACUCUAUUUUAGUUUUCAGAUAUGAUACAGGAUAACUAUUAAAAUCAUUCUACGAAAUCGAUACAUCAACUUAAAAUAUUUAGCUAUAAAAAAUUCCAAUGGGUAUAUUUAUGAACUCUUAAGGCUAAAUAUACACUAUAUCGUGGCGAGGUAUCAUUAUUUACAUAGCUUCAUUCCUUUUUACUUCAACAUCAAAUACAAUAACAUCAACCGUGAGCAAGACCUUCGGAAGUUUUAUCAAUAAUGAAAUAGGAAAAUCUGUUGCAUAUAUAUCUGGUUUGGAGCAAAUAUUCCUUGGAGGAAAUCAUAAUGGCUAGCCAAUUAUUACAAAAGUUUAAUUAUCAAAUAUAUAAUGGCUGUAUUCCAAAUAAUUAAAAGGCCCUGGCAUUUCUACAACUCAGUAAUACAUAACUAAAAUUGGGUUAUUUUAAAAGCCUGAUAAUACAAUAAACUAAUUAGUUUGCGUUGAGAAUCUAGGUACAGAUCUCAACAAGGUGGCAUUUGUUUAUUUUGUGGAGUCUUCAAUGACAGUAAAUACAAUGACCAGAAGCUGGUAUUACCCUACAACAACAAAAACUUAAUGUUUAGAUGUCAAACUCAAUAACUUAAAUGGGUAUUUCAUUAUUUCUCAAGGUGGAUAUAAUUAUUACGGACUACUGAAUCUAGCCUCUCAAUCGAGUACCAUCACAGUUACUAAACUUACAACUAGUACUUCUUCAUUAGGAUAGAAUACGUAGAAUGCUUAUAUCAGCAUUCUCAAAUCUCAAGUAUUUUAUAUUGUUUAGACUUAGUUUAUUAUUGGAUCAAUUAGUAUUGGAUCAAAUGUGAUUAUAUUCAGACCUAUAAGGAUGGGAGUCCUUUGCCGAGUUUUUUAACUUUCACUUAAAAUAAUAAUGGUGGAGUUAGUUACUAAGGAUAUACCCUUGACUAAACUUUUAUAGGGUCCUAUAGGAUUAAACUGA